AUAAAUACAGUGCGUUCCUUAUCAGCGUCAGUAUCGUUUUGACUUCUCCAGCAGUCAAGUGAAUUUUCUCUGUUUUAAAAAAUUUUCUCAAAUCAAACCAAAAUGAAAAUUGUUGCCAUCUUCCUUUUGAUCGCCGUCUCUGCCGUUGUGGCCAAGCCUAAGCCGGCAGUGAUCGCCUAUUCGGCUCCCUACGUGGCUGCAGAGCCUGCUGCAACUGUUGUAGAGAGCACUUAUCACGGCGUCUCUGCUCCUCUUGUUGCUGCUCCUGUUGUGUCUGCAUAUUCCGCCUACUCAGCACCACUGGUGGCUUCGCCCUAUGCCUAUAGUGCAUACCCUUAUGCUGCGAGCACCGUCUAUGUUUAAAGGAUGACCAUGGCAAGUGACCAAAAGACAACUCAGGCCCUCUCAAAUGUCAAAUACUCUUCAAUUUCCUCAACAAUGCACACACUCAGCCAACAAUUGACGAGACAAUUUUAGCGACAAAUUCCAUCUCCAUGCUUUUUUGUAAAAAAUCACACAAGUUUUUGUUAAAUU